AUGCCGAUGAAACUGGACGGAAGCUGCCAGUGUGGUGGCAUCGAAUUUACCCUUCAAUCCCAAACCCCAGUGCCGUAUCAACUAUGUGCCUGCAGUAUCUGUCGCAAAGUCGGCGGCUAUAGUGGCAGCGUGAACCUGGGCGGCAUCGCCGAUAGCUUGAACGUGCUGAAGGGACAGGACCUGAUCAAAAAAUAUACUGCGAUCAAAGAUCGCGGAACACCAAACGAGGAGCUCUGCUCUUCGGAGCGGAGCUUCUGUUCAAACUGCAGUACUAUGCUCUGGGUGUGGGAUCACCACUGGCCGGAACUGAUUCACCCCUUCGCUUCGGCUAUCGAUACUGAGCUACCGGAGCCGGCUGAGAUGGUAUGUAUCAUGGAGAGUUCUAAACCGACCUGGGUGCGGUGGCCCGAGGGCAAGAAGAGCGUGCAUACCCUGUACGGCAAGGAUAGCCUGGAGGAAUGGCACAAGAAACACGACUACUUCGUUGAUUGA